UGUGCCUUUAAUGGUUUUUCAUAUGGUCGCGUGGGUAAAAAAUCGCCCCCGGGUGGGCUCGAACCACCAACCUUUCGGUUAACAGCCGAACGCGCUAGCCAAUUGCGCCACGGAGGCUUGUGUGAGGUGAAGCGAGUAAAGAGAUCCUGGUGUUUGAUAACGCGCCGGUCAUCCCUUGAUUACGAUGUCCGGAGAAAAGACUGAAUUCGACUGGGGAAAUGAAAAACUACAAAGGGCUCAGAAGACGGUGGAGGAGAUGCCGUACGAUCUGGAGGCAUGGAGUAUACUGAUCAGAGAAGCCCAGAAUAGACCUAUUACAGAAGUAAGACCUGUCUUUGAAAAACUUGUCACAGUUUUUCCUUCAGCUGGCCGUUAUUGGAAGAUAUAUAUCGAGCAAGAGAUGAAAAUGCGCAACUUUGAAAAGGUGGAAAAGCUUUUCCAAAGAUGUCUCAUGAAAAUAUUAAAUAUCGAGUUGUGGAAACUGUACCUUUCAUAUGUCAAAGAAACAAAAGCAAGCCUCACCUCAUACAAGGAGAAAAUGGCACAGGCAUAUGACUUUGCACUGGACAAAAUAGGAAUGGAUAUCCACUCCUACAGUAUUUGGAAUGAUUAUGUCACAUUUUUGAAGAGUGUUGAGGCUGUGGGUUCAUAUGCGGAAAAUCAAAAAAUCAGCGCUGUCAGGAAGGUUUACCAACGUGGAGUUAUAAAUCCAAUGAUCAAUAUGGAACAGUUAUGGAAAGAUUAUAUGGCGUUCGAGCAAAAUAUCAAUCCGAUAAUAGCAGAGAAGAUGGCUAUUGAAAGAUCAAGAGAUUACAUGAAUGCCAGACGUGUGGCUAAAGAAUUGGAAGCAGUAACAAGGGGUUUGAAUAGAAGUGCUCCUAGUGUUCCGCCAACGGGUCAUCCAGAAGAAGUGAAACAAGUUGAAUUAUGGAAGAAAUACAUUGCUUGGGAGCGCAGCAAUCCAUUGCGAACAGAGGACACGUCACUUGUUGCUCGUCGGGUGAUGUUUGCAAUCGAGCAAUGCCUUCUUUGUCUUGGACAUCAUCCUGCAGUUUGGCAUCAAGCAGCGCACUUUUUAGAACUCAGCUCAAAGAUCCUUACUGAAAAAGGGGAUGUGAAUGCCGCUAAAAACUUGAGUGAUGAAGCAGCUACCAUGUUUGAAAGAGCUACAAAUACUUUGCUUUCCAAGAAUAUGCUCCUAUAUUUUGCACAUGCUGAUUUCGAAGAAGGACGAGUCAAGUACGACAAAGUCCACCAGAUUUAUCAAAAGUUUCUUGAUAUUCCUGACAUUGAUCCUACUCUGGCAUACGUUCAGUACAUGAAGUUCGCCAGACGAGCUGAGGGAAUUAAAUCAGCUCGAACCGUUUUCAAACGAGCGAGAGAAGAUCCUAGGUGUGAGCAUCACGUUUAUGUUGCCGCUGCUCUGAUGGAAUACUAUUGUACCAAAGACAAGAACAUAGCAUUCCGAAUAUUCGAGUUGGGUUUGAAGAAAUUUAGUGAUAAUCCUGAUUAUAUCUUGUGUUAUAUCGACUAUCUUUCUCAUUUAAAUGAGGACAAUAAUACAAGGGUGUUAUUUGAGAGAGUUCUAUCAUCAGGUAGCUUAGAGCCCGAAAAAUCCGUUGAUAUUUGGAACAGAUUCUUAGAAUUCGAAUCUAACAUCGGUGACCUAGCCAGUAUUGUUAAAGUUGAGAAACGGCGGAGUGCAGUAUUAGAGAAGAUCAAAGAGUUUGAGGGAAAGGAGACUGCCCAGUUGGUGGAUAGGUACAAGUUUCUUGACCUUUACCCUUGCACAGCUAUCGAAUUAAAAUCAAUCGGUUAUAUGGAAGUAGCCAAUGUAGUCAGAAGCGCUUCUGGUGUAAUACCCAGAACGAGCGACCCUGAAGAAGUCAAAGCCUCUUUGCCACGGCCCGACAUAUCUCAAAUGAUACCUUAUAAACCAAAAGUCAACCCUUUGCCAGGUGAACAUCCUGUACCAGGAGGUACUUUCCCCCUUCCACCAGCUGCUGCACAACUCUGUACAAUACUUCCUCCACCUGGUUGCUUUCGGGGACCGUUCGUCGCUGUCGAUUUACUGGCAGAUGUUUUCAGUCGAAUCCAAUUGCCAGAUCAUGCUCCUCUUCCUAUCGCGGACAACGGUUGUGAUACGAAGCUAUUUGAUCUUGCGAAAUCUGUGCACUGGAUAGUUGAUGAAACUAAUGAGGGAAUCCCCAUUGGGUCAAAGCGCAGAAGAACUCGUUUGGGUGGCGAUGACAGUGAAGAUGAAGAGCUUCCCCCACCACCAGCAAAUGACAUUUAUCGUCAAAGACAGCAAAAACGAGUGAAAUGAGGUGAAUCAGUUCCAUAAAUAUUUUGAACACGAACUUAUGUUAGGUCUGCUGCCUGACUAUCUCAUCCGUCACAUGGCAGAAAUCAGUAAAAUAUUAUAUUAGGUAUUAUAUUUUCAUAAUUUCGGCAACUAAAAUGUCGAUGAAAAAUUCACACUUCUGACCAAUGUAACCAAUUUUGUGUUAGAUCACAAUCUAGGAACAAUCCUGUGAAAUUUGACUCAAAUGAUGAACGAUUUUGUGGUGAUAAACCAAUGAAUUCAUUUAUAACUUUCCGCACAGAACAUGGAAGGCAUGGAGCCUUACUGUGUUCUUGCUGGGAAGCUUAUUAUUUUAUCUAAAAUUACGGGGUUCAGCCCACUUCUUCAGAUGUCAUUUAUAAACUAAAUAGUCUCGAAUUUCCUUUUACCAGUCACAAUUAUUUGCUACCCAGCAAGCAUUGGACAUGCUGUACAAUACAGCGUGAACUUUGAUUGGUAAGCAGUUUGUGUCACAACUAAAUGUUUAGUUUGGCAUGGUAAAUGCCAAUUUUACUUUUUUUCUCCCUCAACAUAGUAGAAACGAGGGAAAUAGAAAAUGUCUUGUCUUCGAAAUCAACUGCGAUUUCGAAUAACGCUCCAAUCUUUUUGGUGUGCAUCUUCAUAAUUUCUACCCGCAAUGGUCUUUACAAACUCAUUCGGUUUAUCCCUAUCACGAACAUAGGGCUUCCCCCAAUAGAAAUCAAGUGGUAUUAUCAUCAUUGUUAUGUGAACAAUUAAAAUUACGUUACGCGAUCAAUACAAAUGUACGUUCAAUGAGUAUUUAAUUAUAUUAAAAUUAUAUACUACUGUAUUUGCGAAAUGCGUCAUAUUAAUGGUUUACGAACAAGAGAUUUCAUGCGUUUCAAAAUAUAUGAAUAAACUCAUUGUAAAUAUUUUCUUAUAAGCAUAUAGUUGAGUAUUAAUAAAUUAAAAUAGAACAGUU